AUGAUGGAGACACAAAUCGCACUGGAGGAAACGGAAGAGCAGAAUGUGCUGAGCGAACUGAACAACGGAGAAGACCAACUAGAGAAGGAAGAAGAAGGAGGGGAAAAAAAAAAAAAAAAGCUAUACGAACGGAAUGAGCUGCAUCACUUGGUGAACGCAUUGCCAUAUAUAGACUCCCACGACAGCGAACUGGAAAAAAAUGCCAAACAGUUGGUGGAAGAAGAAAUGAAAUUAAUGCAAAAACAAAAUGAUGUGAAAAAUUAUUUGGAAAAUUUUGACAUCCCUCCAUCAGUGUACACAAAAAUAAAUAAUUCAGUCAUGCCAAAUGAGCUCAAGCGAUGUGAACAGCAUAUCAACAUGGAAAAGCUAAAUUUAAAUUGCUACAACAUCGAAAAGGAGCAAUUGGAAGAAGAGAAAAAUUUAAACCAGUGGGCCGACACAUUAAGGCAACAUCAAAUCGUAUUGGAAAAUUUACACAAUGCACUUAUCAACGUGGAGUUAAUGAAUAAAUACAAAGAGGUCAUGUGGAGCGAGCACAUGAAAAUGUUCACACACAUUGAUGUCAACCUACAGAAUAGCAUAAAAUCGCUAAAGGACCAAAUCGAUAAUAUAAACAAGCAGAGGAAAUUGCACCAGCUCAGCUACGUGAACGAUUUGUCCGCACUGCAGAAUGAGAGGAGCGAGUACAAGCGAAAGAACGACAUCGUUCUGGAGGAGAUUAAGAAGCUUCUCUCGGAGAACCUGCGUCUGCGUUAUCAGCGGAAUGUCAUAUGA